UUCAUUAUUGAAGUAGAGCGGGCAAAGACAUACACAUGCACGAGACUCUUGACAAAGAAAAAAAACAUGUACGAGACUCCUGAUAAAGAAAAAGACAUGUACAAGAUUCCAUUAUUGAAACAGAGCAGACUAAGAAAAAGACAUGUACGAGGCUCCAUUAUUGAAGUUACACACAAGUUGCGGUAGCCAUAGAAGGAUUAGCAUAACUCCACACCGCUCCUUAGUAGUGAAGAAAUUUGAAAUUUGAUUUCAAGUCCACUCUUUUAGCAGUACCAUAGAAAGCUGAUUCAUUCUGUGCAUAGAUAUCGAUAACAACCUAUACUAUAGAGUGCUGCUUUGUGUACAAUAGAAGUUUUGAUAAUAAAAUUUACAUUUUACCGAUAAAUUUGAAAGAAAAAUAAACAUUAUGGACUAAAGUAAUUAUUAACUAACAAUGAAUAGGCCAUAUAAUAAAUUUAGGCUUGUUUGACAAUAUUAAACAUUCAUUUUCCAUACAGUAUCUUAUUUUAAAAUAUAAUUUAUAAUUCUUAAUUAAUUUUCUAUAAAUUUUACUAAUUCUAAUUUUUUUAUAUAGUUUUUGAAUAGUAAAAGAUAAAAAAAUCCUACAACUACAAUCACAAGCAGCAUUGAGAAACAAAAUCUUGGCUGUUCUUCCUGUUUUAGGGGAUGUAGGAGUGAACAUUAGGUAUGAGUACGUCUGUUACUUGCAAAGCACUUUACUCAUUUUGGUAAAUACCAUAUUCGAAGUGUAAAUAAAAUAAGUAAAUAAUAUAUCUAUAAACAUUAAGUCAAAUA